AGCGACUGUAGGGUAGAUGAUUUGUGACGUCAUUAGACGUCGCCAGAGUGUAGCUUUUGGAAGCAUGGCGGGGGUAGAAGAUAAGAAAGCGGUGUUGGAAAUGGUUCAAGCGGAUGGUGCAGAUGAAGGUUGUGUGACCUUUGUGCUGCAUGAGGAAGACCACACUCUGGGGAAUGCACUGAGAUAUGUGGUUAUGAAGAACCCAAAUGUGGAAUUCUGUGGCUACAGCAUCACUCACCCUUCGGAGAGCAAGAUCAACUUCCGCAUACAGACUAGAGGUAGGUUGCCUGCAGUGGAGCCUCUUAGGAAAGGUUUGAAUGACCUGACAGAGGUGUGCCAAUAUGUCCUCAACACGUUUGAGAAUCGAGUAAAGGAGUUCAAGGAGACGCAGGAAGCGGCCAUGGACUGAAGCCAAGGAUUCUGUGAACAAAAUUGCACAUGAUACCUGGAAGAGCAGGUCUGGACUGAGGAGGUGGGCAAUCAAGCCAACACAAGACUGGCAUGGCCUUUGUUUUUGAAUAGUAAAUUAAAGUGUUUGAAUCUAGGAAGAACAGUUUGUCCUAACCUUUCAGUUAUAAAGGCUUCACUUUCAGCUAUUUUGUUAUAAAGGACCAUCAGUUAUAUUUUUCUUUUAGCCUCAAGCAGAAACCUGUUUUGGUGUUUUUCCCUGGCUGAAAUUGAAUUAACAGCUCUGUGAAAUGUUCUGCAAGAAUAGGUCUCUUUCACUGGUCUUGGUCUGAUGAAGACCUGUUUCUUCAUAUUCUAUUUCUAGAAUAUGCUGUAUUAAUAUAAUGUAUAUUUUUAUAUGGAACCUUAUGUUUUAAUUUGUCGUCUUAUUACAUUUAUUUUGGCAGGCAACAUACAAUAAGUGCACACCAAAGUCACAAGACUCUUGUGUGGUAUUGUAUGGGUCCUUGAAGAAAUGCUUUACAAUAAAACAAUAAUGUAAAAUCUCA